AUGACCAAAAAACACCCCCAUAAACCCUCCAUCUCGGCCUCCUCACUCGGCCAAGUGCGCAAAAUCUACAUGUCAAAGAUGACCGAGCAGGGCUGUUCCCGCACCCUGAAGGACAAGUGCAGAGACAUAUGGGAUCAAGUGAUCGAUGACGCUGUCGAGGCAGAUGCCGAAUGUUCUGGAAUGGGAUUUGCAUAUGGGUAUGGAAAGGAACUGGAGCCAGUUUACAUUCCGGACAAACCAAACGGAAUCCAGAAGAAGGAAAACGGAAAGAAGGAACAACACGAGGGAAGUACCGAGUCCGAGACGGAAAGUGAGGAGAGCAAUUCCGAGACGGAGGUGGAAAUCGAUCCGAGUCUGGAUGGGAACUUGAAGAGAAUACAGGAAAGACUGUCUCAGGAAGUCGACUACUUCUUAUCUUCCCAGACUACUUUAUUGUUGGAUUACAUGGACGAUAUUUCCAGGUGUCUGGGACUGCAAAAAACCAAUCUCAAGGAACUGCGUGAUCAACUGGCCCGAGGACUGGAACAAGUAGAGGCUACCUUGGAGACUCUCAAUGCUCUCGGAGUUGAGGAGAAAGAGGCGUCACAGGGAGAGAAGAAGGUAAUGAAGAAGGAAAGUGGGCAGAAUCAACAUCAGCAUCAUGCAGCGAAGAGUCCGGUUACUAAGAGUCCGAAACAUGGUUUGUCACCUCCAGCAAAGGUUAAGGUGCAGGAAAGUGAUGGGGAUGCGGACUGCUCCGAGGUGGAGGUUGAAAAGGAGGAUUUUAACACUUUGUUCGGCUAG